AUGCAUUUAAUAAUAACUAAAUUAACAUUGAUACUUUAUGUAUUAGCAACAUUAUUAUUAUCACCGAUACUAUCGCGCAAUCCCUGUGCCGGACGACCGGGUGAAACAACUGUCUACUGUGUAUGCAAUCAGACCUACUGCGACAAUGUUGAGCCUAUUGUACGGCCAGUAGCCGAAGCUGCCGGCACUGCCCUAAUCUACCGGAGCUCACAGUCGGGUCAACGUUUGGACAAAAGUCUAUUGAAUUUUACGGACAAACCCCAUGGCCAGAGUCCCGCAAUAAUAACUAUAGACUCGGAUAAACGGUAUCAAACUGUUUUGGGUAUAGGUGCUGCAUUUACCGAUGCGGCCACUAUUAACAUACAGAGUCUACCGAAACCGAUGGCCAGUCGAUUGGUUAGCGAUUAUUUUGAUCCAGAAACGGGUAUUGGAUUUUCAAUGGGACGCAUACCUAUAGCUGGUUGUGAUUUCUCGACACAUGAGUAUACCUACGAUGAUAUCGCUGAUGACUAUGAGCUCCGGGAGUUUGCAUUGACUAAAGAGGAUUUUGAUGAUAAGAUACCUAUUAUCAAAUUGGCGCAAACAUUGAGCGGCCAUAGACUAAAAUUAUUUGCCAGUCCAUGGAAUACACCGCACUGGUUGAACGAUAAGAAAAAAAUUGCCCAAGACCCGGCUAAACAUUAUGGUACCUGGGCAAAUUAUUUUAUCAAAUUCCUGGAUGCCUACAAAUCCUAUGGUAUUAAUCUAUGGGGUUUGACCAUACAAAACGAGCCCAUGUCGUUUAGUUCAAUGAAUUUCCUCAACGCUAGCAUUGAACGUGAUUUCCUGAAAAACUACCUGGGUCCAGCACUAGCCCUAUCUGGUUAUACACCAGAUAAACUACAUGUACUAGUCUAUGAUGACGGUUCCGAUAGAAAUCCAAUUGUCGACUAUGUAGAUACGUGUUUAAGUGAUAAGCAAGCAGCCCAGUAUGUUUCAGGUAUAGCCUAUCAUUGUUAUUUGGGUUCAAAAUGGCAAAAGAUACCGGUGCUCAAGGAACGGUAUCCAGGUAUGAUGUUCCUGAUGUCCGAGUGUUGUCAAAAUUUCCGAUUAGACCAGAAACCUGAACCUAAACCGUCAAAAUUGGGCAAAUGGGAACAGGGUGCCGAUUAUGCCGAACAAAUUGUCAGGACAUUCAAUCAGGACGUAAACGGUUGGGUCGAGUGGAACCUAGCCCUGGAUACCUAUGGACACCCGAAUAAGGAUCAUAAGGCCGGGGAUGCACCGGUGCUUAUCAAUGCAUCAAAUGGGGAAUACUAUAAAAAUCCUAAUUUCUAUGUACUAGGUCAUUUUAGUAAAUUUAUUGAACCCCAAUCGGUUAGAAUAGAUGCCCAGUUAACCAAACCGCUCGGAUCGGUUGGUUGGGUAGCAUUCAGGCGACCGGACGGGUCGACUACACUAGUUGUCUAUAAUAAUGGUAAUCAAUCGCAUGAUUUGGCUAUCUAUGACCAUCGGCUGGGAUACCUGAGCGCUACAUUAGAUGAACAUAGUAUACAAAGUUAUGUUUAUUGGCAUUAAUUUUUU